GCCGUUUAUUAUCGAUGUAGUCGCAGACGUACUCCGUUGUCACUCGUAUCGUACUCGUAUAUAUAUAAUAUAUAUACGUAAACGCGAAAGCACACAUACACACACUUCGCGAAAGUAAUCAAAGCGAGCAGCUCAACAGUCCCUCACACACGUAUAAAACGUAUAUAUACAGCAGUUGACGUGCACUGUCCCCACGCAUAUGUCGCUGUUCAUGGCAUAUAACUACGUUAAUACGAUCUAAUAUAUCGUCGACGUGACUCACCAUCGUCAGCAGUCGAUAUACACAUACAUGUUAUAUAUCAGAUCAAGCUCCAGUUGAUUAUUUCUGGAGGCACAGUACAUAUAUACGCACGCACGAGUCGCGACUCGAGAUAUCGCAAUUUGCCGCGUAUACGGUGCUUUUGAGGAGUGUCGUGAUUGAGUUUUUACUCCGUUAAUUGCAGCACAGUCAAGAUGGUGAAGCUUUAUGCCUUAACAAUCCUUCAUAAAGGACCCAAUGCAGCAACUGCUCUCAAGUCAGCUUACGAGGUGGAUUCUUUUUCUUACUUUCAACGAAACAGCGUUAGGGAAUUCAUGACAUUUGUCAGUAAAACAAUUACGGAAAGAACUCAAAUAGCUGCAAGACAAAGUGUUAAAGAAGGAGAGUAUAUGUGUCAUGUAUAUGUGAGAGGAGAUGGUUUGGCAGGUGUUCUUAUAUCAGAUCAUGAAUAUCCUAAUAGAGUAUCUCAUACCUUGAUUACUCAAGUUCUGGAUGAAUUUACUUCCAAAUAUCCACCUCAUCUCUGGUCAUCUUUGAAAGAAUCUACUGUGGAUUUUCAACAAGCUCAUGUUUACUUAUCAAAAUAUCAAAAUCCUAGGGAAGCUGAUGCAUUGACUAAAAUGCAAGAAGAUUUAGAUGAAACUAAAAUUAUUCUCCAUAAUACACUGGAAGCAGUAUUAGAGCGAGGAGAAAAAUUAGAUGAUUUGGUAUCAAAGUCUGAGGGCCUUAGUAUACAAUCUAAAGCCUUUUACAAGACUGCUAGGAAGACAAAUUCUUGCUGUAGCCUUGCCCCAUGAAGCGAUAAUACAGCUGUGCUGUAAACAUUUAUAAUUAUAAAUUUUGAUGACCAUUCUACAAUUUUUGAAAGUGUUUUACUCUUUACUUGGAGACAUGUCUAUAUUAUCUUAUAAGACCUAUAUACUUGGAUCUGUAAAUAUUAUCAAUGAGGCAUGUUGAAAUUUUAUGCAUAAAAAUUUAAAUGUUGCUCCAAUAUAAUUGUGGUGUCAGAUUUAAGUGGUUCACUGCCUGAAGAUUUAAAUAUUUAGUAAAAAUGAUCAUUAACAGUUUUAAGUAUUAGAUUGAUACAAAGUAUGAAAAGAAAUGAGUGAAUGAUGUAGGUAAAUUAAUUUAAACUGCAUUGAUAAUAGGAAUCACGCAUUCAAGAUUCAAUUCUAUUACAAAAAUACAGUUUUAAAUUUUUGUUUUAAAGACACAUUCAUUGUAAUUGAAUUAUAUUCAUCAAACAGAAUUUAAGAUUUUUGUAUUUUAACAGACAGGUACGAACUAGUUAGUCUAAAGUAGUUUAUUUAAAGUAGGAUCUGGCAUCCAGUUAGAAUAUUGAGGGGCUUUGUUGUUAAUAAAUUCUAAAUGAUUACUGUAAUCCUACUCACAUUGCAGGGCUUAUAAAACUUUGAAAUAAGAUUAAUCCAUAUAGAGUUUUAAUAAUUAAAAAUUUGUAUUAGCUCUGUGUAUAAUGGGUAUAAUCAUUUGUCAUGUAAAUAUUUUUUCUUUAAAUUAAAUAGCAAGUAUUUAAAUAGUUGUUAUUUAAUUCCUUUAUCUAUUGAAGCAACUAUAAGAUGUAUAUUCUUUCAAUGUAAAGUAUAAAAAUUAGUAUUUGAUCUGUAAUUAAUUGUCAUAGUUUCAGAAUUUUCUCGAAUAAACUUUAUAAAAAGAUUUAUUUUAUAAUGAAUAAAGGAAAAGCUACUGACAUUUUUUAAAGUAUUUACAAGUACUUUGAUAAGUUAAUUAAAGGAAACUGAAAAGUCAACAAAUUAUUUUAAGCUUCGAAUGUUUUAAAAUGUAUGUUAAUCAAUUCAA